AUGAAUUCUUCUGAAUUUUCGCUUCAUAACACAAUUUUUUUUUGUAAAGAACAGACAAGAAAUGAACAAGAUACACUCAUUUAUAUAACUGAAGCUACGUCCUCAGCCACUCAGGCCGUUUUACCCACGGAUAUAUCUUCCCUAGUGCGGGACCUGAUUGACUUCACCUAUCUCGUUCAUCGAAACGUUAUUGAUGAAGACGCACUGCUCGAAAUUGACGCUGCUCUUCAAUGUUUUCAUGUCAAUCGCGAAGCCUUUCGUCCAGUCCGCCCAUCUGGAUUUUCCCUUCCACGCCAGCAUUCCCUUGUUCACUAUCAUUUUCUUAUCACAGAAUUUGGCGCCCCCAAUGGUCUCUGCUCAUCCAUUACCGAGUCCAAACAUAUCAAAGCCGUCAAAAAGCCAUACAGACGAACCAGUCAUAACAAACCCCUAGGUCAGAUGCUUGUCAUCAACCAGUGA